UGAAAUAUUUAAAAGCAUUUUAUACAGUUAUAUAUAUAGAGAGAAAGAGAGAUAGAGAGAGAAACGAAAUGGAAAUUGUAUUAAAGGAAAAAUGUUGCCUUUGACUGCGAAUUGCGGGCAGCCAAAAGCCAAGCGAGCAACAGCCACGUCAUCAUAGCUCACACACAGACACACAGACAGACAGACACACAUGGCACUACUACACUAGCACACAAAUAUAUAUACAGUUAUAUAUAUACAUAAAGGCAAACGGAAUCAGGCCACAAAAGCGAGCAAGUCGAGCGCUUUGCUUUGCCUCGCGCUGAGACGUCCUGGCCUGGCUGUAAGGGACACGAAGGACAACAGAAACGUGGCAAGGACACACACAACCCCACCACCCCAGUGGGCGUGACAGGCGUCACUAUCUAACAUAUAUAUAUACAUAUAUAUAUUGCACAUCAAUCAAGUCGCAGAGUCCGAGGCAGCUCACACGAUGUCGGCGCAUAACUAGAGCCUUGUAAACAAACAGGCAAACGGAAGCAACAUAAAGGAUACACUCAGGACACGGGACACUGGACACUGGACACUGGACACUGGGCAUACACACACACACGCACAGACAGUGGAUAGACAAUGGCGCGACGCAAGGGCAGCGGACGUGGCAAAUCCACUGUUAAUUCUCGUAAAAAUACUUUGGAGUCAACGCGCGAGAAAUUGAAAGAUGAGCCAACAGCAGCAAACACAUCGCAGGCGAGCAAAUUCGAUGAGACUAUGGAAAGUGCAGCAACAACAACGGCAACAGCAACAAACACAGCGAAGCAACAUUACAAAACAGCAAACAAACAAUACAAAACUAACAACAACAAUAACAACAGCAUUAAUAACAGCAACAACAACAAAGUGAGCAACACGCGACGUGCAACAGCAGCAGCAGCAGCAGCAGCGGCCGCCGCAGCACAGGCAACAACGACAACAACAACAACAGCAGCAACGGCAACAACUAAGAAGCAAACAUAUCGCAGUAGCAAUACAACUGCUGCAACAACAGCAACGACAACAACACUGAAAACAAACAACAACAACAGCAACAAAGUCAAGGCAGCAACAGCAACAAGUGAAGCAAACGAAGCAACUGAAGCAACCGAAGCAACAGCAAUUGACAACAACAAAAGCAAACGAGAUAAUUUAAGCGAAUUGCCAGCUAAAAUUGCUGACAGCAACAGCAGCAGCAACAGCAACACAAGUAACAACAACAACAACAACAACAGUGAUAAUAGUAUUAGUGAAAAUAAUUAUGAGUUUAAGGCUAGAGAUAAAGCGAACGUAAGUGAUAGCAAAAUGACGCUACAGCACAGCAGCAACACCAGCAGCAGCAACACCACCACCACCAUCACCACAAACAACAACAGCAACAACAACAACAUUAGUAUCAGCAGUGGCAGCAACACAAACAACAAUGAUGCUGCAACAGCAGCAGCAACAGCAAUUGCUGACUGGAAGAGCAGCUCGAACAAUUUGCGCUAUUUGCACAAGAAGUUCAAACGUUUGGCCAGCACCACAGAAACGGAAGCACCAGACGAACCAACACUGCGCACCACGUCGCUGUCGUCGACCAGCUCAGUGUCGCCGCCAACGCAAUUGCCGCUGGUCAAUGGGCACGAGCACAGCAACAGCAACAGCAUCAGCAACUGCAACAGCAACAACCAUGAGGCAGAGAGCUAUAGCAAAAAUGCGACUGUUGCUGUUGCUGGCGUGCCACGCACGCGUACGCCUUUGAGCAACAGCAGCAACAUCAACAUUAGCAGCAGCAGCAGCAGCAACUAUGCCAGCAAUGCAACAUUGUCGCCAGCAACAUUUGCACAGCAUCAGCAGCAGACGCAGCCAACGACAACAGCAGCAGCAGCAGCAGCAGCAACCGUCACACCAGCAGCAACAGCCAAGCCAGCAGGCCGCUACGUCUGCCCGUAUUGCAAUCUGAUUUGUGCCAAGCCCUCGGUCCUGCAGAAGCACAUCCGCGCCCACACGAACGAGCGGCCGUACCCCUGCGAGACAUGCGGCAUUGCCUUCAAGACGAAAAGCAACUUCUACAAGCAUUGCCGCUCCCGCUCGCACACGGCGCGCAUGCGCGGCCUGGACGUGCCGGCCCACGAGGCGGAUGGACUGUCCGACCAGGAUGGCGACGGAGAUCUCAGCAACAGCAGCUCGGAGCUGUUGAGUGUGGAAAUUCUAAGUAGCGCCGAUUCGCCAUAUGAUGAGCAGUCGAUGGCCUCGCCGACGCCCUCGCCCUCUACGCUGUCGGCGGCGAAGAGCGCGUACCUGCAACAGCCACCACUGCCGCAGCACAUGCAACAGUUGCCGCUGGGCUCGCCUGCAGCUGGCACAUUGCCGCCGGCAACAGUCGAGAAUUUGCACUCGGCGACCGCGCAGCAUCGACAGUCGAUUGACUACAAGCCAUACAAGCCAAAAUUUCACAAUGCAGCGCUCUAUGCGCCAGGCAGCAGCAAGGAGCAACAGCAGCAACAGCAGCAGCAGCAACAGCAGCAGCAACAGCAGCAGCAGCAACAGCCGUUGCUGCUACAGCAACAGCAACAGAAGUUGCCGCAACCUCUGCUCGUGCAUCCCACGCUCUCGCCCAGCACGCAGCUGAAGCUGAAUCUUCACAUCAACUCGCAUCAGCAGCAGCUGCAGCUGCAACAACAUCAGCAACUCCAGCAGCAGCAACAGUUGCUGCUGGCAGCAGCUGCUGCUGCGGGCAAUGCUGUCGCCCUGCCGCCACCUCCACUGCCCACUUACUACUUGGGGCAGGCGCCAUAUUACAACCCCACGGCGGCAAUGCAUCAGCAUGCGUUGGCGCUGCAGUAUCAGCAACAUUAUCAGUUGCAGCAGCAUCAGCAACAACAUCUGCAGCAGCAGCAACAGCAACACUCGCCACUGCUCAAGGCGCCAGCACAGCCGCAACAGCAACAGUUGCUGCCACAGCAACAACAGCAGCAGCAGCCGCAGCAACAGUUGCUGCCUCAUCCACAGCAGCAGCAGCAGCAGCUGCCUCGCUCUAAUAGUCAACAGGCAACAGCAGCAGCAGCAGCAGCACCUGCCACGCCUACACCUGUAGGCAAUCUGAGCAGCUUUGCCAGUGGCAUGCAAGUGAAUGUGGAAAAGGUGCAGGAACACAUUUCGAAAUUGAUCUCACAGAACGAAGCCAUUGUGGAGAAUAAGGAAAUAUUGCUGCAGAAGAAAUAUCCCAAGCAAUUGAAUCGUUCGCGCAGCUUCAACAACGCCAACAACAACAAUAGUAGCAGCAACAACAGCAACAGCAGCAACAACAACAACAGCAGCCAACAGUUGGGCGAUGCAAAAGUAAAUCUAGCACAGAGCAUAGUACAAAAGCAGCAGCAACUGCAACAGCAACAGCAGCAACAGCAGGUGCAAUUGCAGCAGCAACAACUACAACAACAACAACAACUACAACAACAACAACAACAACAACAACAACAACAACACAUUCAACAAUAUCGAGUCAUUGAGCCAGUGAAUGGAUUGCUUAAACGCAGCAGCAGCAGCACUGGCAACAGCAACAAUGCUUAUGCUAACCUAAAAGCCACGCCUCCUCCUGCUGCCUUGAAUGUCAAAUUGCCGCCGCCGCCGCCAGCAACAAUGUUGCAAUUGCUGCAUUAUCGCCAGGAUCCAGCAAUGCCUUUAAACAAACUCGAGCAGCAGCAACAGCAGCAGCAGCAACAGGCGACGCCCGCGCAGCAGCCCUUAAAUCUGUCCGCCAAACCAAAGCCAGCAAAGGCAGUGACAACAGCAGCAGCACCUGCACCAGCAGCAGCAGCAGCAACAACAGCAGCCGCACCAGCAACUGCAGCAACAGCAGCUACAACAACAACGCCAACAAUUGCUGCCAAGCCAGCAGCUGUUGCCACAGCCGCUGCAAACAAUUCGAUUAUCAAGAAUCUGUUGCUCAACGCGCGUGGGUUGGCCGUGCCCAUUGGCGAGGGCGACGACGCCGUCUACUCCUGCCCGAUCUGCGCCAACGAGUUCCGCAGCGCCGACGAGCUGAAGCAGCACAACAGCACCUACUGCCAGGACGCCAGCAGCAGUGCGCCCAUCAGCCCCGCCUCCUCGCCCAGCAGCAAGUACUUUCGCUCCAACUCCAUCUCCUUCAGCCUGCCGGAGCUCAAGUCGCACAUGGCCAACUCGAAGAACCCGCUGUCCUUGGCCAAGCUGGCCUGGUCCCAGCUCAAGACGAAGCCGAGCAGCCUGGUGCUGAGUCGGCUGAGUGCGGCGCAGUCGCCGGCGCGGACCAGCACGACGGCGACAACGGUUGCUGGCAGCAGCGGUGGCAGCAGCAGCAGCAACUAUCUGGCAGCCACUGUUGCAGGCAGCAGUGCUAGCAGCAGCACUCCAACAGCAACAAUUGCUAGCAGCAACAGCAACAACAGCCUGUACAGCAACAGCCACAAUCUGCCAGCAACUGUUGCCGUUAGCAUCGACGCCAACAAUGUUGCCCUGCGCUUCGUGGACGCCCCCUUGCCCUCGCCUGGCCCGCUCCUGGGCAAGACCCCGCUCGUCGACUACGCCGCGCCCCGCAAGGCCGCCGACGCCCAAGUCGUGAUCACCAAAAUGCACGAGGAUCGCCUCGAGAACAUCAUCAGCGAGAGCUCGGCGAAGCGGCCGAAGCUGAGCAACGACAGCGCCUUUGCGCUGCCCCCGGCAACAGCAACAGCAGCAGCAGCAGCAGCAGCAGCAACAGCAACGGGCGUGCCUCAGCAACAGUUGAUGUUCGGCAACAGUCAGGAGUUGCCUGGAUUCAACACGGGCAAGGAGGAGCGUUUGAGACGUUUCACCUCGUCGGGCGGCUCGAUGAUCCCCAUCUCCGAGUGCCCCGAGCUGGACAAGAGCCCCAAGAUGAUCCGGACUCCGUUGCUGUCGGGCGGCAGCUUUCAGGAAAUGUCGCCCCGGUUGAGUGAGCCCAAGCCGAAGCCCGCAUUUCUGCUCAAUGCCAGCAACAACAACAACAACAACAACAACAACAUCAUCAUCAGCAACAGCAACAAUAGCUCGCAGCAUUUCCAGUUCCCGCCCAUCAACUCGAUAACCGCCUUCAAUCCGCUCACGCUGCCCGCCAUGAGCGAGUCGAGCGGCAAAGCGAUUCCCUACGUGCCGGGCAUUCCGGGCCCGAGCAGCCUCACAUUGCUGCCAGUACCGCCGCCGCCGCAACAGCUGCUGCUGCAGCGUCCGCCCGCUGUCGAUGCACCGCCCUUCAAGAAGUCGCUGUCGCCCUUCGGGGGCGUGCAAAAUCUGCCCAGCGAGUUCAGCCGACAGCCGCCGACGCCCGCCCAGCGCAAUGCGCUGCAGUGGCAGAGCAACAGCAGCAACAGCGGCAGCAAGCUGGCAGCAACUGUUGCUGCUGGCGAUGGCCUGGGCAUGCAAAAGUUCAAUUUCCUGCGCAUGGCUGACAAUGUGAAGGAGCAGCAGCCGCAGCAGGAGGUGCGGCACUUUAUAUUCGAUCCGCUGCAUGUGGAAACGCCAGAAAACGAAGCGACAACAGCAACAGCAGCAGCGACAGCAGCAACAUCAAGUGCUGCGGCAACAACAUCAGCUGGAGCAGCAACAACUGUUGCCAGUAAGACGAAAUUCCUGCGUCCCACGAGUCUCCCGCUCAAGCCGGGCACGUUCACGCCCAAGCGCCAUCACGGCAUCACCCCGACUGCGAAUACCCUGCCGCUGAUCUCGCCCGAGACGCCGCGCCCGUCCAAGUCGUGCGUGCAGCUCUACCUGAACGGCCACGCCUACACCUACCUGGGCCUCAAGUGCAGCACCAAGAUGUUCUACUGCACAGUGAACUGCCCGCAGCCCUCGUACGUGGCCGGCAUGCACAAGCUGUCGAUGUACAGCGUCUGGCAGGUGUGCGAGGAGAACCAGCCGCACCCACUCGGCCUUAAGCCGAAGCAGGUGAUGUCGCUCUACGACUCCAGGCAGAAGAUGUUCGGCGCGGGCUUCACUGUGGUCCAGGCGGGCGCCAAUGCGCACAGCUACGCGCUCGUCGGCUCCCAGCAGACGAUCAGCAGCUGCUCCACCGUGAACAACGCCCAGAGCAAGUUCUACCAGCACCAGGCGAAGCAGGCGCCAGCCAUCGGGGCGCUCAGCGAGGCGAAUGUGGCGGCCAAGGCGAGCGAGGAGGCAGCCAAGAAGCUCGAGUCCGGCCAGCUGCUGGUGGGCGGCUAUGAGUCGAACGAGGACUACACCUACAUACGCGGACGUGGGCGUGGCCGCUACGUCUGCUCCGAGUGCGGCAUUCGCUGCAAGAAGCCCUCCAUGCUGAAGAAGCACAUUCGCACGCACACGGACGUGCGUCCGUUCACCUGCAGCCACUGCAGCUUCAGCUUCAAGACCAAGGGCAACCUGACCAAGCACAUGCAAUCGAAGACGCACUUCAAGAAAUGCAUUGAGCUGGGCAUCAAUCCAGGCCCAAUGCCAGCGGAUGGCGAAUUCCUGGACGUGGACGUGGAGUUCGAUCAGCAAUCCUCGACCUCGGCUGGCGGGCGCACUUCCUCCAUGGCCGGCGACUCUGCAGAUUCGGAUGAUUAUAGCGACAACGAAUCGGAGAGCAGCGACACAGAUGAAUCCAAGUCCCGCCUGAAGGAGCAUGAGGCUGCGCGCGGCCUGCUCUCGCUGUCGAUGACGCCGCCCAUACCGCAGAGUGUCUCGCCCUAUCCCGCGCAGCUGGAGACUAGCAUGUCCGCAGCGAGUCCAGCGAACAGCAUUGGCUCGGCAGGGGGUGCUUCCACGCAGCCCAAGCGGCAGGUGUGCUCCUUCACGUCGCCCAAGCCGCCGUUUGACUACCAGAAGCAGGAGCAGUACUACUCCAAUCCCGAGGAGUCGAAGCCCAAGCGCCAAGUGCCGACGGAUGAGAGCAGUGCGCCAAUGGACUUGACUAAGCCGAGGCCAAUCAUCUCGGCAGCAGCAGGAGCAGCAGCAACGACAGCAACAUCAUCAGCGGCAGCUGCAGCGGCAACAGUUGCUGCCAUGGAACUGCCCAAGUCGCAGGCACAGCAGAUGCGCGACGUCAUCUUCGGCGCGGGCAACAACGAGUGUGGCUUCAUGAAGACCUUGAUCUCGGUGUCGGACAAGGUGCGCAUCUCGGCCGAGAUGGAGGAGCAGGCGAAGCGCGAGAGCGAGGGUGAGGAUGUGCUGCUGCACACGUACAUCAAGGAGCAGGCGCUGCACAACGCCAAGCGCAAGCAGAGCUUGUACAACAGCAGCAGCUACCUGAUGACAACCACCACCAGCAGCAGCAUCAGCAGCAGCAGCACCACCACUACCAGCAGCAGCAGCAUGCCCGUUAUGAGCAGCAGUCAGCAGAAGGUUGGCUUGAUAUAUCACGAGCUGCCCAGCAUCGAGGUGCACGAGCCGGAGUCAACGGAGCUGGGAGAGCUAGAGAAGGAGCAGGAGAAAAUGGAGCAGCAGCAGCAGCAACAGUUGAAAGCAAUUGCUGCGAGCAGCCAGGAGAAGCAAUCCGAAGAGCGACAGCAGCAGGCAACAGCAACUGCCACAGCUCCUGCUCCCGCUCCUGCUCCUGCUGCAGCCACGCACAAUGCCAAUUUGCCAGCUGCAGUGCAGCAGCCAGACGCCAUCGACUUCAAGGGCGUGCUGAGCAACAGCAACAGCACGAAGCCCAUUGUGACAACAGCAACAGCAACUGUUGCCGCCGCCUCAGCAACAGCAACAGCUAUAGUCAAGGUGCUGGCCACAGAGGAGGGCUACAACAAGCCGAGCAGCGAGUCGGCAACUGCAACAGCUGCUGCCACAGCAACAACUGCAGCCACCCCGACAACAACAACAGCAAGCGGCAGCAGCAGCUACGCCGGGCGAGUGGUGCCAGCGCCGCCGCCGCCCAUUGCCAGCGAUGCGCGCCCCACGUGCCUGCUCUGCAGCAAGACGUUCCAGCGGCAGCAUCAGCUGACGCUGCACAUGAACAUCCACUACAUGGAGCGCAAGUUCAAGUGCGAGCCGUGCAGCAUCUCGUUCCGCACGCAGGGUCACCUGCAGAAGCACGAGCGCUCCGAGGCGCACCGCAACAAGGUGAUGAUGACGUCCACCUUCGGCGUGCCGACCACGUCGAAUCCGCGCCCGUUCGAGUGCACCGACUGCAAGAUUGCCUUUCGCAUACACGGCCACCUGGCCAAGCACCUGCGCUCGAAGACGCACGUCCAGAAGCUGGAGUGCCUGCAGAAGCUGCCCUUCGGCACGUAUGCGGAGAUCGAGCGGGCGGGCAUCAGCCUGACGGAGAUCGAUACGAGCGACUGCGAGAACUCGCUGAUCUCGCUCAAGCUGCUGGCCCAGAAGCUGCUCGAGAAGGACCCCAACAAGCUCAGUGGCUACACGACGCCGUCGGGCAUGCUGCAGCUGGUGGGCGGCGGCGGCAGCGGCAGCGAGAUGCCAGCUGCCAACCAGGACAGCGCCUCGGAGGACGGCUUCAGCGCGGCGAACAGCGCCGCGGCCUCGGCCAUCGCCUCGCUGGACAACGACAGCGCCGGCAACACGCCGCAGCGCGCCAGCUCCAUGUCCGAGGACGAGACGAAUGGCCUGACCAACGGGCUGAGCCUGAAGCGCCGCCUGCCCGCCAGCAGCUUCAGCAGCAGCAACGGCGACGAGAGCGACAAUCCGCUGGAGACGAGCGAGAAGCGCGCGAGAAGCAACACGAAUGAGUUGACUCUGCCCAUUGUCGGCAGCAACUGACAAUAUAUGUACAUGCUGCAGCAUACCUGAGUGUGGCCCUACGCCUGGCCGGCGCCACCGGGCCCACCGGGCCCCAAGCCACAUCUGAUGCCAAACGCCACUCUCAGUCUAACUCCCGCUCCCGCUCCCAUUCCCAAUUCCAAUUCCAACCCCAAUCAGAUACCAAUUCAAGUCCAAUCAGUGAGCCACAGUGGCUGCGGCAAUGACCAAAACAUCAACGAGCGCAUAUCAAAUGUCUAAGCAUAUCGCAUUUGGGCACACAACAAAAACUCUAAACAAACACACACACACACACAUGGAGGACACUCACAUGAAAAACUUUCAAGCUGAAAAGCUGCUUAAAGUGUUGUCUUGAUAAAAAAAAAAAAAAAAAAAACUUAUAUAAAAAAAAAACAACUUGAAAAUGUGUUGAAAACUGUUUAAGUAAAAACCUCAAUGAAGCAUCUGGAAAGCUUCUAGGUGCUGUCAAUGCUUAAUUGAUACAGCCUUAGCUGGCAACAUUAGCUAAACAGUUUUAAAACUUUCAAAAAUAUUUGAAAGCUUUUAAUUUUUUAAAUUGAUGAACAUUUUAUUGUAUUCGGUUUUAAUCUAAUUCUUGUUUACAUUUUAGUUUUAGUUUAACUAGAAAAAGCUUUCAACAGCUUGAUGCUUGCAGUUCAAGCUUUCAUAUGCUUAAGCUUUAGAGUGUAACAAUUUUCCGUUUUACUUUUUUACCACCGAAAUCUCAAUACAGUUUGAAAUUGUGAAAGCUUUCGGCUUUAAUAGAAGUUAAGUUAAAGCAGCUUGAAGCUUUUUAAAAUAUCUAACCAUUUCUAGAUGACAUUUUGAGUCCCUAUUCAAAGUUGAAGCAGUGUGUGAGUUUUUCUAUGUGUGUGUGUGAGUUAACAUAUAGAAAAGUCAAGCAUAUGUACGAUAUACUAUAUACUAUAUACCAUAUAUAUAUAUUAUGUCUAAGGGCAACUGAAGUUGCAACUUAAGUAUUUAGUUUAGUUCAUGGUCAACUCUCA